CGGGCCGAGGAGGCGGUGCCCCGGGGGUCGUUUCCUGCGGGAGGUGGCUCCCGGCCGCCGCGUCUCCUCCUCCCGCCCCUGAGGAGGAGGAGCCGCCGCCGCCGCCGCCGCCGCCCGAGACCCUGGAGGCCGCACCAGUCCGCGGGAGAAGCAGAGCGGGAGCCGCGGAGCAGCAGGCCCGAGCCGAUCGCGCCCGGGGCCCAGACCGCCCGGAGAAGAUGAAUUUACAAUUGAUUUUCUGGAUUGGACUGAUCAGCUCAGUUUCCUAUGUGUUUGGCCAAACAGAUGAGAAUAGGUGUUUAAAAGCAAAUGCAAAAUCAUGUGGAGAAUGUAUACAAGCAGGGCCAAAUUGUGGAUGGUGUACAAAUUCAACAUUUUUACAAGAAGGAAUGCCUACCUCUGCCCGAUGUGAUGAUUUAGAAGCCUUAAAAAAGAAGGGUUGUCAUCCAGAUGACAUAGAAAAUCCCAGAGGCUCCAAAGAUAUAAAGAAAAAUAAAAAUGUAACAAAUCGUAGUAAAGGAACAGCAGAGAAGCUCCAACCAGAAGAUAUUACUCAGAUCCAGCCACAGCAGUUGGUUUUGCAGUUACGAUCAGGGGAGCCACAGAUGUUUACAUUAAAAUUCAAGAGAGCUGAAGACUAUCCCAUUGAUCUCUACUACCUUAUGGACCUCUCUUACUCAAUGAAAGAUGAUUUGGAGAAUGUAAAAAGUCUUGGAACAGAUCUGAUGAAUAAAAUGAAGAGGAUUACUUCAGACUUCAGAAUUGGGUUUGGCUCAUUUGUGGAGAAAACUGUGAUGCCUUACAUUAGUACAACACCAGCUAAACUCAGGAAUCCUUGCACAAGUGAACAGAACUGCACCAGCCCCUUUAGCUACAAAAAUGUACUUAGUCUUACUGAUAAAGGGGAAGUAUUUAAUGAACUUGUUGGUAAACAACGCAUAUCUGGAAAUUUGGAUUCUCCAGAAGGUGGCUUUGAUGCAAUCAUGCAAGUUGCAGUUUGUGGAUCAUUGAUUGGCUGGAGGAAUGUUACACGGUUGCUAGUGUUUUCCACGGAUGCUGGGUUUCACUUUGCUGGAGAUGGGAAACUUGGUGGCAUUGUUCUACCAAAUGAUGGGCAGUGUCACCUGGAGAAUGAUGUGUAUACAAUGAGCCAUUAUUAUGAUUAUCCUUCUAUUGCUCACCUUGUCCAGAAACUCAGUGAAAAUAACAUUCAGACGAUUUUUGCAGUGACUGAAGAAUUUCAGCCUGUUUACAAGGAACUGAAAAAUUUGAUUCCUAAGUCAGCAGUAGGAACAUUGUCUGCAAAUUCAAGCAACGUAAUUCAGCUGAUCAUUGACGCAUACAAUUCUCUUUCCUCAGAAGUUAUUUUGGAAAACAGCAAAUUGCCAGAAGGAGUAACAAUAAAUUAUAAAUCUUACUGUAAAAAUGGGGUGAAUGGAACGGGGGAAAAUGGAAGAAAAUGCUCCAAUAUUUCUAUUGGAGAUGAGGUUCAAUUUGAAAUUAGCAUAACUUCAAAUAAAUGUCCAAAUAAGAAUUCUGAAACUAUUAAAAUUAAGCCUCUGGGCUUUACUGAAGAAGUAGAGAUUAUUCUUCAGUUCAUCUGUGAAUGUGAAUGCCAAAGUGAAGGCAUCCCUGGAAGUCCAAAAUGUCACGAAGGAAAUGGGACGUUUGAGUGUGGAGCUUGCAGGUGCAACGAGGGACGUGUUGGUAGACAUUGUGAAUGCAGCACAGAUGAAGUUAAUAGUGAAGACAUGGAUGCUUACUGCAGGAAAGAGAACAGUUCAGAAAUCUGUAGUAACAAUGGAGAGUGCGUCUGUGGACAGUGUGUCUGUAGGAAGAGGGAUAAUACAAACGAAAUUUAUUCUGGCAAAUUCUGUGAGUGUGAUAAUUUCAACUGUGACAGAUCCAAUGGCUUAAUUUGUGGAGGAAACGGUGUUUGCAAGUGUCGUGUAUGUGAAUGCAACCCCAACUACACUGGCAGUGCAUGUGACUGUUCUUUGGAUACUACUUCAUGCAUGGCCACAAAUGGGCAAAUCUGCAACGGACGGGGUAUCUGUGAGUGUGGUGCCUGUAAAUGUACAGAUCCCAAAUUUCAAGGGCCAACCUGUGAGAUGUGUCAGACUUGCCUUGGUGUCUGUGCCGAACAUAAAGAAUGCGUUCAGUGUAGAGCCUUCAAUAAAGGAGAAAAGAAAGACACAUGUGCACAGGAAUGUUCACAUUUCAACAUCACUAAGGUAGAAAAUCGGGACAAAUUACCCCAGCCAGGUCAGGUUGAUCCGCUGUCUCAUUGUAAGGAGAAGGACGUGGAUGACUGCUGGUUCUAUUUCACAUAUUCAGUGAAUGGAAACAACGAGGCCAUUGUCCAUGUUGUGGAGACUCCAGAAUGUCCUACUGGUCCAGACAUAAUUCCAAUUGUAGCUGGCGUUGUUGCUGGAAUUGUUCUCAUUGGCCUUGCAUUGCUGCUUAUUUGGAAGCUUUUAAUGAUAAUUCAUGACAGGAGGGAAUUUGCUAAAUUUGAAAAGGAAAAAAUGAAUGCCAAAUGGGACACGGGUGAAAAUCCUAUUUAUAAGAGUGCCGUGACAACUGUUGUCAAUCCGAAGUAUGAGGGAAAAUGAGCACUGCUUGUGCAAAUUUCACAACACUGAAUGCAAAGUAGAAAUUUUCAUAGUCACAAUAAGGUAGCUGUAGGGUAAUAUUGCCAUGGUUUUACUCAUGUGCAGGUUUUGAAAAUGUAUAUUAUGUAUAAUUGGUUUAUUUUUAUUAUUUUGAAAAUAAUGUUAUAAUCAAUGCCAGGGACUGACAGAAGACUUGAGACAGGAUGGUUAUCCUUGUCAGCAAAGGUCACGUUGUGCCUUUUUGACCUUUUCCUCCUGGACUAUUGAAAUCAAGCUUUCAUUGGCUUAAGUGAUAUUGCUAAAGUGAGUGAAAGGGCAAUAGGUAAAGGAAUAAGCAUGUUGACAGUUUUAUUAAUCAGGUAUUAAAUUUGAUUUCUAACUUUCCAGAUAUGUCAGGACUUGAGUUUUUCAGUUACAUGGAAUCCAAAGUCAGUGUUCUGGAACAGUUUAGACUUGCUUUAAGUUUGUUAUUUUGCCAUUUGCCUUUCGCACAUGACUGAUGACAUAUCUGUAAGUUGAGUAUGUUGGGAGUUACAAAUAUAUAAUAGUUAUGAAAUGUUUGAUAUGCAAAGGCCAUGGGAAGAAUUCAGAGAGUUAGGAAGGAAAAAUAAAUAGCUUUAAAACCUGUGUGCCAUUUUAAGAGUUACUUGAUCUUGGUAACUUUUAUGCCUUCUCCUUAUAAAUUCAAGCCUUGGGUAAAAGUACUGGGAAAUAUUCUGCAAAUUAAAGUCCUUGAUUUAGCAUUAUUUACAUAAUUUACAUAAAGGCCUUAAUUUUUGUAGUAUUUGCUGAAUGGGGACCUUUCUGGUUAAAUUUAUUUUAUUCUGUUCUUUUUAUUUUGUUCAAAGCCUGGUGCUUUUUUAUCACCUCUUCUAAUCUUUUAAUGUAUUUGUUGCAAUUUUGGGGUAAAACCUUUUUUUUAUCAAUAUCUUUUGUUUGAAAUUUUAGCUGUAAAUUUGCCUUUUUAAUGAACAUGUGACACGUACUGUAGCUGAUGCAACAGCUAUCACUUAAGCAAGUUUUCCUUUUAAUUAGUGCCCUAACAGACCACUGUAUAUGUACCUCUCACUGUCUGAGUUGCCCGUUUUGUUUCAUACUAGCCACAUUCUUGUUUUAAGUGCCUUUUAAUUUUAACAGUUCACUUUUUACAAUGCUAUUUACUGAAGUUAUUUAUUAAAUAAAAAUGCCUAAAAUACUGAAAUUGGAUCUUGUGACUCUAUAUUGAUCUAUUUGUCAAUUUGUAUACAUGACGUUUUUAAAGGUUAAAAAGGUUGGGCAAAA